AUGCGGCGUGUCGCCGUAUUACUUGCGUGGCCCAGCGCCCCUUUCGUUUCCGGAGGGAGCGGCUUUGGGGGAAGCAGUGGCGGCAGUUCCAUGACUAAGUUCGCCCACAGGGCCGCUGCUCUGAAACGCAAGUAUCGAGGCCGAGGGCAGUACGAUUUCGCUAGACGCGAGGCGGAGCGUUUUUUGGAGACUGAAGUCCCUCAAAAUGAGAUAAAUGUGUGGAUCGAACAGGGAAACAAUGCGGUGGCUCUAGCGCAGCUCCUCUCAUUCUUCGAGAUAGAACCAGACACCUCAUUGCAGGCACUCAUUACAAACAAACUUGUGCGUACGUUAGAUGAUAAAAACCACGACGGUGUCACCCGUCUUCUAGCAGCUGUGGCGCUGACUCAACGCGGCGACCAAUAUUUGGAGCGGACGUUUGCCACUGUAGACAGGGUACUAAAUGAAAUUUCUCAGGAGGGUGGUAGUAGCAAUACUGACUAUCAUGACUUUUGGAAUUUGAUCGAGUGCGCUGCAAAGGUCUUGCAGCGUGGCGGCAAGCACGCGCCCAGUACUUUAAGUGAGACGCUCGCACAGGUUGCCGUCACACGCCUACAGAAUACACCAACAACCGAUAUGCCGCGGAUGCAGCCCCCGCUGCUGAGGGUCUACAGUUGGUUAGUACGCACUGGUAAGGUCGCUGAGGCUAGUCAUUUCCUUGUCGCCCUUUUGGAUCAUUCAGGCGAAUUCCACAGCUACGAUUUUUCCACGCUGAUGAACUCAUGCCUUCGGCACCAUCAGCUGCUUCCUUUCCCACCCCAGCUGCAGCAGCGCCUUGCCCGUGCAGGUCUUAUGUACUCUACGACGGCUAAUGGACGUGAUGUUGCUUCCAUCAUCGGGUCUGUAGCGAAGAUGGUUGGAUCUUUGCAACCGGGAAGGAACGGCUUAACACAGCACGAUGUGUGUGAGCUUGGGGGGCGGCUUAGCACUCUUUUAGAGGAAUAUGAACCACGUGUGAUGAGCUUCUUUGACUGUAAUGAUAAGUUGCACUGGAGUCACUGCGAUGACAUGACAACCAUUGCCUUCGCAUAUGAAAUGGGCGGCCGACUUCGUUACAGAAACGUGUUUCUCGCAUACCAGGCGUACGUAGGGCGGCACGUUGGCCGAUUUGAGCCCCAGCAAUUGGCAAUGGCAGCUGGCAUUCUUCGCCGCUCAAGUCUACUGUCGCAAGAAUUGGCGGUGCGUCUUGGGGAGCGCAUAGAAACGGUGCUCGGUGAGUUUUCGUUGUCAGAGAUAAGCCACAUUUGUGCAACAUUCGCUCCUAUGGCACCCUCCUGGAUGCCGGAGGCUAAGGCAGUGGCAAGUCGAUUGUUACAACCCGAGUGCAGCAGCCACACAAAACUGUUGCUUGCCCUGGCCUUUCCAGACGAUGAGGCAUUGCAUGCACAGGUUAAUUUGAGUGAUGUAUCAGCUCGACAGCUCGUUGACGCCCUGUCUUUGGUACAGGGCACGAAAUUUGAUGGGGCACUUGUGGCGGAGCUGGUUGCCCGAUUACAAGCGGCCCAAGAGCGCUUCUCUCCUGAUGAGAUUCGUAUGCUUCAGGCCUCCGGGCGGCCCGAGCUACACUCAGCUUGUGUUGCUUUCCUCUCCGCUCGAUUUGCUGAGGCGGAGUGGACAAGCGAUACCCUUUACUGUCUGCCACUGGCUGCCAAUCUGAUUCCGCACGCUCGAGACACAGCAAAGGCGCUUGAAGCUGCCAAAACAGUAUCGGUGUCACCGGAGCAAUUUGUUUCUUUGGUUGAGCUCAUGACGGGCGUAUUUGGAGGAGGGUCGGGAGAUGCCAUAUGCCACUUUGUGGUGAGUGGCGGUCAGGAGCUUCUUGGAGCGGAACGAAUUCGGAUGGGCACUGUACUGCGCUAUCUUGAAGCGGUGCGACCACUAGCAAAAAUGCACCCGGGACCCGAAUGGCUUGCGCGAUUUAGAGAAAAGUUUCAUGAGCGGUUGUGCAAUAUAAAUGCCAAGGAAAUGGAAAAUUUGCUUUGUUCGCUGUGCACCGUCUAUGGAAGCGUCACCCAACAGCCGUUGCUGGAGCAGAUACUUACCGAGCUCGUGAACGGUCCGUAUGGGCGACUCACACAACCGGAUGAAACAACCGCGAGAAUCACGGUCCUUCUUGCGCAGGCUCAGCAAGGUGCCUUGCAGACGCCACUGACUCAAUCUAGUCCAAUGGUUAAAUCUGUUAGGUCUAACGCUGAUGCGUAUGAGCCCCAGCUCCGAGAGGCUGUGAGAAACAUAGCUCUCCCGCAGGAGGCAGAGCAGAAGCGGGUUGGUCGGUUCACGUUGAAAAUGACGAAGGCAUUAGGGGAGGCACCACCUGUAAACGAGCUGACGGUCUCACAAGAUUUGAAUGAGUCGUUGUCAAUGGACCCCUUUUCGAAUGCGACAAUAGGCAUGCCCGGUAAGACAGAAAGUAAAAGUUCCGCUGGCUCUGACGCUCUGGUAGUUGCUCCACCAUUUGCGAUGAAUGCGGGCCAUACGUUAACCAGUUCAACUGAAAUUGGUGGUGCCAGUGGCUCAGGGGCCGCCCCCCAAACUGGCCUUGCCUCAAACACCAAUGAAAGCAGUGCUGACGCCGCAGGGAGCACUAACCGUGCUCGGGGCAGCAACGUCCACCAGCAGCAACAACAGCAACAUCAGCAGCAAAAUGAACCGGACAGGUAUCGAACGGACAAACCUGCUGCUGCGGAGGGGAACCCAACGGGAUUCAACUCGACGCUGUGGUCCAUGUUCAAAAAUCCUCUGAGUUCCGCUGAAGAUCCGCAGCGGUCGCAGCAUUUUGGUACCUCCGCCUCCGCCUCUGCCUCAACCUCGUCACCUGUGACCUUGCGGUCGCCAGAAACCCGUACUGCUUCGCCAUUCAUGGGACUUUUGAACCAUAAUAAUCCUCCCACCACCAUGUUUGCGUCACCACCGCCCGAGAAGCAUCGUCCGGCUGCUGUUCCCGAGAGAAGUUACAGUCAGCAACUGGAACAAAAAUGCCACGAGGAGGGGCAACCGCGCCGCACAAAGAUUCCUUUAAGCGAUGUGCGAUCUGCCGCUCUUAAGGACAACAGAAGUAGUGGGGGCACAGGUCAAUAUUCCAAGCAGGAAUAUCCAAAGUAUGAACUCGGCAACUGGGGUGCUUCACCACCGUCAAAUACAUCAUGGCUUUCUUCAGCUUCGAUGUGGGGUGCCCCCGAAGAAAGCCCUGUGGUACCCCAAUCAAACAUGGAAGGAUUAGGCGGCACCUGGCCGUCAAUGAAACCGCAGCCGACGCAGGCAUUCGGUGCGCCCAGUAGUAGCAAUAUCUUUGGUUUAUCCACUGACCAACAACAACGGGACCCAUAUUACUACAAUCAGUUCCAUAACCAGCAGCAACAGUACAACCAGCAGGCUAACCAACCACAUCAGUCCCAGCAGUUCCGGCAGCCGCAGCAGUUCCUAUACGAACAGCAACAGCAGCAACAACAACAACAGCAACAGCAACAACAGCAGCGGCAUAUACCAUUUCAUCAACCCCAGCAGACACAGCGACCGCAGCACCAACAACUACAAUACCACCACCAGCAGCAGCAGCAACAACAACCACCACAGUGGCAGCAGCAGCAACACCAACGUUUUCCACAAGAGCAGCAGCAUUAUUUCCAGCAGCAGCAACAGGCACCACAACAGCAGCUGUUCCACCAUGAGCACUCCGGUCAACAACAGAAGUACAACCGUCAGCAACGAGAGCAUCAACCGGGUCUCAUUCCUGGUGCAACCUCCUUCGGCGCAUCUGCAAUGCAAGUGCUUCGCCCUGCAAACACUGGGUUGCAGAGAAGUAAUACACCUGUAGUAGGAGGAAUGCUGUACUCUGAUCAAACGUCUUCGUCUCGUGCUCGGCCGGUGAUCACUAAAGUGCUUUUGAAGUCGACGCAGCUUCUGCCGGGCGCACCGCAGAAUGAUGAUGACAACCCGCCAUUUGCAAAGGAUUUGAGUGGAACCAAUAUAGGUUUCCAAAGUCCCAAGAAGUUUAUCGAGCGCUCACCCCGAAAGGAGGAAGAGCAAGAGGAUGAUGAUGGUGAAGAGGAGGAGGAAGGAAGUGAGGACACCGAUGAGGAGGCGGAAGAGCCUCCGAAGAAGACGAGGGGAGCUCGUGCAGAGGUGGGUGGGAAGAAGGCGAAUCGAGCUGGAAAAAUUCGAAAUGACUUGAAGGAGUGGUUAGACUCACCCCCUGAGAAGGAACUUGAGCCAAUGCGGGCAACCAGAAAGAAAAGAGCUGCUGCUGCUGCCACUGCCGUUGUGAAGGGUAAAGCCAAAGACACUGGAAAGCGGGGAAAGAGCAAGGAUCCGGCAGCAGGGACGAGAGGGGCGGCAACAGCCAAAGGAAAGGCGGCAAAUAAGAAGACAGUUGCUGCAAAGAAUAGUAAGGCGGCUGUCACAGCGACUGAGAAGGCAAAAACCGCUGGUAAGCAGGCGGCUGUCACAGCGGCUGAGAAGCCAAAAGGAGCGGGUAAGCAGGUGGCUGCCGCAAAGAAUGCUAAGGCAACGGCAGCAGCGACAGAGAAAGCAAAGGGCGCAAAUAAACAGACGGCGAAGACUACAAAAGCCAAGAAACCUGUAGCAAAACCCACAGCAAAGAAGCAGCCUGCAGAGCCGGCUGCUUCCAAGAAGAAACCCGGUAGGAAACCCACUGAGAAGGCGAAGGCUGGGAAGCGGUAG